AUGAAACAAUUAUCAUCACUGAAUGUUUAUAACAAUGAAAUUGGUUGCGAAGGAGCCAAAUAUAUAAGUGAAAUGCAACAAUUAACAUCAGUUGAUAUUUAUUACAAUGAAAUUGGUGAUGAAGGAGUCAAAUAUAUCAGUGAAAUGAAACAAUUAUCAUCACUUAAUGUUUAUAACAAUGAAAUUGGUGAUGAAGGAGUCAAAUACAUCAGUGAAAUGAAACAAUUAACAUCACUUAAUAUUCCUGACAAUCGAAUUAGUGUUGAAGGAGUCAAAUAUAUCAGUGAAAUGAAACAAUUAACAUCACUUGAUAUUUCUUAUAAUGAAAUUGGUGAUGAAGGAGUCAAAUAUAUCAGUGAAAUGAAACAAUUAUCAUCACUUAAUAUUUCUUACAAUGAAAUUGAAUUUUGGCAGGGGGGCGGAAAGUGA